AAACCACACUUCACUUUGCUCUUCAUUCGCUAUUAAUUCCCUCAACUUAUUCUUCAUUCUUUCCUUCCCUCCAUAAUGAGUCUUUAUAUGUGUUAUAGUUUUGUUUAAACUUUAAAGUCUACUCUUUCCUCCGACCGAAUAUAUUCUUGUCCUUCCCAAUUCAACUGCCACCACUCGUUUCCAAGAACCUCCAGCAUUAACAGAACCAAAAGUGACCCUCAAAAGAUUAUAUAUAUCAAAAACCAAAGCAUCGAUUCCCUUGUUUGAGUUGAAGUUAUGUCCGUAGUUUUUGAGAUAUGAUAUGCUACUUAUAUAAGACUCAACAACAUAAACUUCUUGGUCUUUAUUCUUCUAAGCAUUUUUUUCUCCUCUUGCUUUGAUCUUGUUCUUUGCUUAAAUUUCUUAUCUUUGAGUAGCCAAAGGAAUGGAACGUGGGGUUCUUGAUGGUAUCAUCAAUAGGCUGCUUCAAGUCAGAGGGAGACCUGGGAAACAGGUUCAGCUUUCAGAGGCAGAAAUCAGGCAACUUUGUGCGGUUUCCAGAGAUAUCUUUUUGAAGCAGCCCAAUCUAUUGGAACUUGAGGCCCCAAUUAAGAUAUGCGGAGACAUCCAUGGUCAAUAUUCUGACCUUCUGAGACUAUUUGAGCAUGGUGGAUUUCCUCCUCGCUCCAACUACUUAUUCUUAGGCGAUUAUGUCGACCGUGGAAAGCAAAGCCUUGAAACUAUGUGUCUUCUUUUGGCCUACAAGAUAAAAUACCCUGAGAACUUCUUCCUUCUUAGAGGCAACCAUGAAUGUGCUUCUGUAAACCGCGUAUACGGCUUCUAUGACGAAUGCAAACGAAGAUUCAAUGUCAGGCUGUGGAAAAUAUUCGCAGAUUGCUUCAACUGCAUGCCUGUGGCAGCUAUCAUUGAAGAAAAGAUUUUCUGUAUGCAUGGUGGACUCUCUCCUGAAUUGCACAAUCUAAGUCAGAUUAGUAGUUUGCCGCGUCCAACAGAAGUACCUGAGAGUGGUCUACUAUGUGAUCUCUUGUGGUCUGAUCCUAGUAAAGACAUUGAAGGUUGGGGAGAGAACGACCGUGGAGUUUCAUAUACUUUUGGUGCUAGCAGGGUCACAGAAUUUCUUGGAAAGCAUGAUCUAGACUUGAUUUGUAGAGCACACCAGGUUGUUGAAGAUGGAUAUGAGUUUUUUGCCAAUAGACAACUUGUGACUAUCUUUUCUGCACCUAACUACUGUGGAGAAUUUGACAAUGCUGGAGCAAUGAUGAGUGUUGAUGAGACACUCAUGUGCUCUUUUCAGAUACUAAGGCCUGCGGAACACAGAAAGCCUAAGUUUGCUUUUGGGAGCAAAACUACAUUCAAGGCAAUUCUUGAUGCUGCUAGAGUAUGACCCCAUUGAGCUGACUUAGAUCAAUAAAGUUUGUAACAUAGCAAAAAAUUGACAUGGACAAAUUGAUAUCCGUGUUCACUUCAAUGUGAAGGAAGGGUAUUACAACUACCAAUAUAAUGAAGAACGUAGGAAUAUUAUCUCUGCUUUUUCUUUUCAAGUAUAGCUGAAAGUGUUUUUCUGUGUUGGCGCAUUCUCAAUAUGUACCAUGUUGUCAACACAGAUUUAGGGGGUCAGGUUUCAUUUUUCUUUUCUUUCAGCUUUUUUAUGUGAGAGACAGUUAUGCAAUUCUCCUUUUCAUAUCUCCUGUUGUAUUAUAAAUGGCAGCAUACUUUUCGACUUGCUUUCUAAUUACUUUUUGGCUCUUACAACACUGCUUAAGGAAUUAAACAAAAAAGACUUUUUUUUA